AUGACAUUCGAUAGCUUCAUGAUUGCUGUGAAAGUGCACGGCGAUGAUUUGGACGAGUUUGCUGACAAUCAGAAAAGCCCAGCCAACGUCGUCGCGAACUAUCAGGAUGCUCUCAUGGGAGAAAUCGAUAAUGUGACGGACACUUUUGGCGUGAAGAUUGCUAUUCUUGGCAAGUAUUUGUUGCAUACGUACGGGGCCCAAGGUGUUCCCGAUGAUUGGACGGACGUGGAGAAGGCGGAUUGGUUGGCCUUUUACGAAAAGGAGGUGGAGUUCAUGCGACGCACUCGCCUCUUCGAUAUUCAGGUCUAG